ACCUCGCGGCAAAUGAAGGCGGGACAGAAGGUUAUUUUAGUCGCGUGUCUCCACCGAGUUUCGUUCAGUGUGACAGGCGAUUUUAUGUGCAUGUGACACAGUGGCCGCCUGAACGAUCGUGUAUUUACCGAGGCCUACUCAACGGGAUUAAUCACCAGCUACAACAGAAAAGAAACCAUGCACUGUCAGUGGAGAGGUUGCGAGGACUGGAAGAACUUUGGUGUUCCACUGUCGACGACCAGUAAUGAAGCUAGUAAAGCGUUUGACGCCAGCGUCACUCAGUUUGUCGGCUGUUACAAUGAUGCGAACACCGGGGGGAUAAAGAAGUCAAUGACGAACAUGAUACAGGCGGAUCCGAAUUUUGUGAUGGGGCAUGUUCUAAAGAACGGACUGCGUGUGCUAUGGGAUGGAGGGACCAACGUUUUGGACCAGGGUUUCGCCAAGGAUCUGGACAGAAUGGUUUAUUUGUGUAAAUCCCCGUCUGUGUCAGAACGAGAGAAGAACCACGUGACCGCGGUCAAGCUGUGGGCUGAUGGUUUCACGGAUGCGGCGUGCCAGGUCUGGGAGGAUAUCUUGGUCGACUACCCGCUCGACAUUCUGGCGCUCAAGUUCGCGUACAACAGUUACAUGGACCUCGGCUACACCGAUCGGCUGCGAGACGGGCCGGGUCGGGUGUUGCCUUUCUGGAAGCCCACGAUGCCACUCUACGGGUAUGUGAUUGGUUUGCAUGCGUUUGGCCUUGAAGAAACCAACCUGUUUGAUCGGGCGGAAAAGGCAGCUAAGCAGGCGCUGGAGAUCAACCCACGUGACGCUUGGGCGACGCACUCGAUGUGUCACGUGCUGGAGAUGACUGGAAGACAGGAUGAGGGGAUUUCCUUCCUCACAGACACAGCUAAAGACUGGACAACGGGCGAUAUGCUCGCAUGCCACAACUACUGGCACUGGUCGUUGUAUUACAUUGAAAAGGCUGAUUACCAGAACGCAUUGAAUAUAUUUGAUAACGAGGUGAAGAUUCGAUCUACAAACUCGGGCACAUUGUUAGGUCUGAUAGACUCGUGUGCUCUUCUAUAUAGACUGGAGAUGGAAGGGGUGGAUGUCGGGGACAGAUGGAACGAAGUGUUCGACAGAUGUCGACCUUAUAUUGAUGACCACAACCUUGCCUUCAGCCAACUUCACCUUCUGAUGGGCUGUCUGGGCGCCAAGCAGAAAGACAUAACGGCGAAGAUGAUGGAAUCCACCAAACAAUUUGUGAGAGAAGAGAAGGGUACAAACCAAGAAGUUACUCGAGUGGUUGGUCAGAAACUGUGUGAGAGUUUUGUCGCCUACAGUGAUGGGGAUUUCGCCAAGGCUGUGGACCUCCUCCAUCCCAUUAGGUACAACUUCAUACGUAUAGGCGGCAGCCACGCCCAGCGAGACGUGUUCAACUUGUUUCUGAUCCAGGCAGCUAUCAAAUCUCCAUUGAAGAAGCAUCACAAACUAGCCAGGAUGUUGCUGCUGGAACGGAAGUCAUUCAAAGACAGCGCACCAAUGACGGACCGACUUAUCCAGCGAGUGAUGGCAAUACACGCGGAUUAAUACAAUAAAACAGUCAACACCACAUGAGAAAAAAGAACACCAAUAAAUCUGCCUAUGGCUUGCUACACAUAGGCGUACGAGCUCCCAGUUUUGUAGUGGGACAGGCUGACUUUUGCUCGCAUUAAACAAAAAUGCCCGAA